UAUCCCCUCCCUGCAAUGCUACUGCCAGUCAUCUCCGGGACUUCUGAAAAUUCACCUGGAUGUCUGAACCUUUCGUUCGUCCCUCAGAAGCGUUAAAUUUUGUGCCGCUCGCUGAUUUUUGUAGCAAUUUUUUUUUUCCCUCCAUUUAUUUCUGCCAAGGCAGCUACUUAUAAUUGCACAUCUUCCACUUUCAAUCGACUUUUCCGCAGAGCACGCAGUAACUAUUUGGGAUUUCCGCGAAAUACCCGAGUGCUCGCGGCUCCCCUCACAGCAGCUCCCCUCACAGCGGCCCCGGGGCGGGGCCCGACAUGGCGGCUGCGCGGCCCCGCCCCGCGCGCUGGGCGGGAAACUCUGAGGGGGCGAUGGCGGCGGGCGGAGAGGAGCGGCUGCUGCUCACACAGAGGCUGAAGGCGGCGGUGCACUACACGGUGGGGUGCCUGUGCCAGGAGGUGGAGGAGGACAAGGACGUGCAGUUCAGCAAGCAGAGCAUCGCGGCUAUCUCGGAGAUCACCUUCCGACAGUGCGAAACCUUUGCAAGAGAUCUUGAAAUGUUUGCAAGGCAUGCAAAACGAAGCACAAUCAAUACAGAAGAUGUGAAGCUUUUGGCUAGAAGGAGCAGCUCUUUGCUAAAAUACAUCACCCAGAAGAGUGAUGAGCUUGCAUUGAAUAACAUGGAGCAAAAGGAGAAGAAGAAAAAGAAGUCCAGUGCAGCCAAGGGAGAGAGAACUCCAGGGGAAAAAGAAGCAGCUCUGACUGAAAAUGAAGAUUCCAACAUGUCAUGAUCUACCUUUCAAGUAAUGCCUCAGGUCAGCUUCUCUUAGUAUCCUAGAGAAACCAGAAUUAGUAAGAUUCCUAUGUAAGAUUCCUCUUGCAGGUUAACACCAGUAAUGAACCUUUAGGUUUUUAGGUGAACACGAUGAGUUGGAUUUUUAUUGUUCCAAAAAUGCAAGUUCUGUCAGAAUUCAGUAAAGUUUAUGCCCAAGAUGCCUUAAUUGCUCACAAAAGGUAUCUGUUACUAAAAUGAGAAGCCUUUAAAUAAA